CUGCAUUUCUUCAUCCUCUUGUAGUUUAUUGCUGAAUCAUGACGCAAACUCUUGUUCAGUCUGAACGGGUUGCUUCUGCAUCACUGUUGAGGCCGUUGCCUAGAAAAUGGCACCUGUAUAUUUGGCCAUUUGUUAGUAUUUUAUAUCCUGUAUUUACCUAUGUCUAUAAAUAUCAUUACGAUACCUAUCUUGGCUCUGAAGAAUGGACUUUUGUCUCUCUUGGUAGUAUUAUUACCUUGCACGCAAUGACCUUCUUGGUGUGCCAGUGGAGUGUUGAUAUGAAGGCUCUUUUCACCUGUGUCAAAGAAUCUGACGUUCAUAAAGCAAAUAUUAUUAAAAUUGUGCCUUUCCGUUAUCAAGGAAAGGGCACUCUUGUACCUUUGGAACAUAGCAAAGGUCUCAACAAUGAGGAUGAGAUUUCGUUCUUGUUUCAACAAAAGAAAUUCAUUUACAACACUGACAAGAAGCAAUUCCAAAAACUUCUUUAUCCUUCUGAUCUCAACCACACUGUUAAACCAUACCAAAGUACCAAAGGUUUAACUACAAAAACCGAAAUCGAAUCUCUCACACACUCUUAUGGUCUGAACAAAUUUGAGAUUCCUUUGCCUACGUUUGGUGAGCUCUUUAAAGAGCAUGCCGUUGCACCUUUCUUUGUUUUCCAGAUCUUUUGUGUUGGCCUUUGGUGUUUGGAUGAAUACUGGUAUUAUUCACUCUUUACCCUCUUCAUGUUGGUUGUCUUUGAAUGUACCGUUGUUUAUCAACGUCUUCGUACUAUUGGUGAAUUCCGUGGUAUGAAUCAAAAGCCUUAUCCCGUUUACGUAAAGAGAGAGAAGAAGUGGAUCCAAAUCCAAAGUGACGAUCUUUUACCUGGAGAUGUUGUUUCAAUUGUUCGUACCAAGGAAGAUCAAGGUGUUCCUUGUGAUUUGGUCAUCGCCGAUGGUUCUUGCAUCGUCAACGAAGCUAUGCUUUCUGGUGAAUCCACUCCUUUACUCAAGGAAUCUGUUCAACUCAGAGACCCCAAUGACGAAUUCGAUAUGAAUGUCGUUGACAGAUUAUAUGUGCUUUAUGGUGGUACCAAAGUCCUUCAGGUAACUUCUCCCAAGGUUGAAGCUCCUCCUGAUAAUGGUUGUGUUUGCGUUGUAGCUCGUACUGGUUUCGGUACAUCUCAAGGUGAACUUGUACGUACCAUGAUUUUCUCUACUGAACGUGUCUCUGCCAACAAUUUUGAAGCCUUGUUGUUCAUUCUUUUCUUGUUGAUUUUCGCCAUUGCCGCCUCUGGUUAUGUCUGGCAAAAGGGCGUAGAGAAUGACCGUAAGAGGUCCAAGCUCUUAUUAGAUUGUAUUUUGAUUAUUACCUCUGUUGUUCCCCCUGAGCUCCCCAUGGAAUUAAGUUUGGCUGUCAACAGUAGUUUGGUCGCUCUUUCCAAAUAUGCUAUUUACUGUACUGAACCUUUCCGUAUCCCUUAUGCUGGUAGAGUUGAUGUCUGUUGUUUCGAUAAGACCGGUACUUUGACUGGUGAAGAUCUUGUGUUUGAAGGUGUUGCUUAUGCUGAACCCAGUAAGCCCGCUACCGAACUUUCCAAUGCUACUGAAGUACCUGAUACUACCAAGUGGGUCUUAGCCAGUGCUCAUGCUUUAGUUCAAUUGGAUGAUGGUAUUGUUGGUGAUCCUAUGGAAAAGGAAACUCUCAAGGCUCUUGAAUGGGAUUUGGGACCUAACGAUCUUGUUUUCCCCAAGGGUGAAAAGAGAGGUCAAAACUUACAAAUCCGUCGUCGUUAUCAAUUCUCCUCUGCUUUAAAGCGUCAAUCCUCUGUUGCUACCUUGAUUCAUCCUUCCAUGGAAGGACCCAAGACUUUUGUUUCUGUAAAGGGUGCCCCCGAAACUCUUAAGAAUAUGUACACUCAUGUACCCGAAAACUACGUUGAUACCUACAGACAUUUCACAAGAAAGGGAAGUAGAGUUUUAGCUCUCGGUUACAAGAUGUUGGAUCAAAACUUGAGUCAAAACCAAAUCAACGAUCUUUCUCGUGAAUCUGUUGAGUCUAAACUUGUUUUUGCUGGCUUCAUUGUCUUUACUUGUCCUCUCAAGGAUGAUGCUAUUGAGGCUUUAAAGGAACUGAACGAAUCUUCUCAUCGCUGUAUCAUGAUCACCGGUGAUAACCCAUUGACUGCCUGCGCCGUUGCUCGUGAAGUGGCUAUUGUUGAACGUGAUGUAUUGAUUGUGGAUAGAGAUGAAACUAGAAAGGAUAAUUUGGUUGUGUUCCAUUCUAUUGAUGAAACCUACCGUGUCGAAGUCAGUCCUGAGGAACCUUUGGAUAAGAAGCUUUUGGAGCAAUAUGAUUUAUGUUUAACAGGUGCUGCCAUGAGUCAAUUCAUGCUUCAUAAGGAUAACAUGAAUGUCAUUCUUGAACAUACUUGGGUUUAUGCUCGUGUUUCUCCCUCUCAAAAGGAGUACCUUUUAACAGGUUUGAAGGAUCUUGGUUAUACUACUUUGAUGGCUGGUGACGGUACCAACGAUGUGGGUGCUUUAAAGCAAGCUCAUAUUGGUGUUGCUCUUUUGGAUGGUACCCCCGAGGAUCUUCAAAAGAUUGCUGAGCGUCAAAGAAUCGAACGUAUGAAGGCCAUGUAUGAACAACAAAAGAGUAUCUCUGCUCGUUUUAACCAACCUCCUCCUCCUCCUCCUCCCGCUAUCGCUCAUCUUUACCCUGAAUUUGCUGCUCAACUUGCUCAACAACAGGCUAAUCAAAACUUGACUCCUGCUCAAAUUCGUCAACAAGAACAAAAGAAGAAGAUUGAAGAGGCAACUCAAAAAAUGAUGGAAGGUAUGGAUAUGGAAGAACCUCCUACUAUCAAGUUUGGUGAUGCUUCUGUCGCUGCUCCUUUCACUUCUAAACUUCGUAACGUCACUGCUAUCAAUAACAUUAUUCGUCAAGGCCGUUGUACACUUGUUGCUACUAUCCAAAUGUACAAGAUUUUAGCUUUGAAUUGUUUGAUUUCCGCUUAUAGUUUAUCUGUCUUGUAUCUUGAUGGUAUUAAAUUUGGGGAUCUUCAAGUCACCAUCUCUGGUAUGUUGAUGGCUGUUUGUUUCCUUUGUAUCUCUCGCGGUAAGCCUCUUCAAAAGUUGUCCAAGGAACGUCCUCAACCCAACAUUUUCAACCCCUAUAUUAUCUUGUCUGUCUUGGGUCAAUUUGCUAUCCAUAUCAUUUCUUUGGUCUAUAUCAAUGCGCUUGCUAAAUCCUUGGAACCACCAAAGGAGGUUGAUUUGGAAGGAGAAUUCGAACCUAGUUUAUUAAACAGUGCCGUCUAUCUUAUCCAAUUAUCCAUGCAAGUAUCUACAUUUGCCAUCAAUUAUCAAGGUUAUCCUUUCCGUGAGCGUAUCCAAGAUAACAAGGCCUUAUACUACGGUUUAAUGUCUGUCGGUGGUAUUGCUUUAGCUGGUGCUACUGAGAUGUGGCCUGAGGUCAACGAUCAACUUAAGCUUGUUAGAUUCCCUGGAACCUUCCGCUACAAGUUAACACUUUGUAUGAUCCUCGAUUUCGGUAUUGCUUACACUAUUGAAAAGGUCGCCAAGUUUUGCUUUGCCGAUAAUCGUGCAAAGGCAAUUGCUAGAAGAGGAAAAGAUUAGAGAAAUUAUAUUUAAUAACAAAAAUAAAAACUGGGACUACUUGUUUAUUUAAUCAAGUAAAAA